AUGGGCUUUUUCGACCACCUUCAGAAAGGAGGGGCCUUCUCUCUACAGCCUCAGAAGACUCAGAUCCGCAAAGUCGUUCAAAAAGCCCCGGCCCCGGCACGGUCGGCGACACAAAAUUCGGACUCCCGGUCAUCUCAAGUCCAGUCUUCGACAGAACGGAGCCGCAAGACGCACGCGCUUAAAGCCCGAUCGGUCUCGAGUGACGCAGACGCCCGCCCCGCCAAACGACUCACCACCCCGAAUCGCAUACGAAAGCGACCUACCCCGGAGACACGCCUUUCGAGUGAUGACGAUGCUAGCGACAGUGAUACCUCGUUUGAAGUGCGCAAGCGUGCGCGCACGAGCGCCAGUGCGGAACCCGACCCCGAGAGACGGAUUCGCUCGGUGAAGGCAUUUUCAGAUGAAGGACGUCGGCCUUUCAAGAUGGUACAUGCGGUGGAUAUCACGUCUGGCCAAAAGGCUGGGAAGUUUAAGCCGGCCUUUGGGGUCGCCGGCAAAUCUACGGAGAUCCUCUUGCAGUACCCCAGUGCUUCGCAAAAAGAAAUAUUCGACUCCAUGGUACCCAAAGACAAUGAGGACUUCCGGCCCAUCGACGACAUUGUACAGGUCAUCGAGACCGUCUCCGACAAUUAUAUUCAGGCUGAAGAAGCCGACGAGUUCAACAAUGAAACCACUGGGAUCAGACGGCGAUUGCGGCGUGCUUUGGCUGUGACAUCGGAGACCCAGUUCCGCGAGGCGGUCGAAGAUUAUAACAAGGCCAUCACUAAGCUGAGAGAAAGCGGUAGCCUUGCGAAGCAUUUGGACACAACGCAGCGCAUGGGUCUGCCUUGGGUAGAGCGCAUUUUGACGCAGAUCUAUGCGCGCACGGUUUCUCCCCGCGUCGAAUCCCUUCGGCAGUACGAGAACGGCACGGACAAUGUGUACGGCGAACUUCUUCCCAGGUUUAUCAGCAAUAUCUUCAAGGAGACCAAGUUGAAGUCAGGCCAGGUCUUUGUUGAUCUCGGCUCCGGCGUGGGCAACGUUGUUCUCCAAGCGGCACUUGAAAUUGGCUGCGAAAGCUGGGGCUGCGAGAUGAUGAAUAACGCGUGCGAUUUAGCCGAACUGCAACAAUCUGAAUUCAAGGCUCGCUGCCGUCUAUGGGGAAUCGCGCCGGGCAAGACGCAUCUGGUGCGUGGUGACUUCCUCGAGCAGGAGAGCAUCAUCAACGUACUUAAACGAGCAGACGUGGUGCUUAUCAACAACCAAGCAUUCACACCCCAGCUCAACAAUGAGCUGAUCAAUCACUUCCUCGACAUGAAAGAAGGCUGCAAGAUUGUUUCUCUGAAGUCAUUUGUUCCCGCUGGCCACAAGAUCCAGUCGCGCAAUCUCAACUCUCCCAUCAACCUUCUCAAGGUCCAGCAAAAGAACUACUGGUCCAACAAUGUCAGCUGGACCGACGUUGGUGGCACCUACUUCAUUGCCACCAAAGACAGCUCUCGACUGAAGCGCUUUAUGGAUGAUAUGCUUUAG